GCUUACAGUCAAACGAAACUGCAGCUUCCUCAUAAAAGGGAGCUGAGUGCACUGGGGGGGACAGGCAUCUCUGCAUGAGAGAGCUUCGAGCCCAGUGACUGGAAGGGAGGACUCUCGCCUUUUGCAGCACACAUUUAGAGUCGUUCUCACAGUCCUCUCUGACCCAGGAGCUAUAUGAAGUUUCUCAGCCUCCCCACGCUCUGCAGCAUGGCUGAAACAGCCCUGGACUACUCCCCAGAAUUUGAAACGGACGAUUCCAGUCAGAACUCUGAAAAGGAUUACGACGGUGAUCAUAAGAAAUUGAGACGAAGGGAAAAGAACAGGAUUGCAGCCCAAAAAAGCAGACAGAAACAGACGCAGAGAGCAGACAGCUUGCACCAGGAGUACGAGCAGCUAGAGAGAGAGAACGCCUUGCUGAAGAAGGAAAUUCAGGGCCUGCAGGAUGAGCUGAAGCAGUGGAGGCAGGUGGUCCAGCAGCACGAGCCACACUGCUCCAUGCUGCCCGCGCCUGGCACUGCCCUCGUCGGCAAGCAACACGUCAACGUGACAGACUUCCUCGCCGAAGAUUGGCAGAAAGCGGAGGUCAUGAUGUACUAGACUCGAGAGAGAGAGAGAGAGUG